AUGUUGCAAGCAUCCACGUUGAAACGUAGACUUAAAGCCCUGAUUGUUGAAUUCGAGAGAGCAAGGAAAACUUGGUUUGAACUUGGUGACGAUGGACUCACUCUUGCCAAUUCCCUUAUCAACUUAAGACUACAAGAACGGUACCAUAAACUUUCGAGCAAAGUCGAAUUUCCGGCAUGCUGCUCAUCAGUAUUAGAUGAUUCCCUUGAUUCAAAAGAAAAAUGGGAUGAGAACUUUGAGAAUUUGGGCGAAAUCAUAUCGAACCUGUCCCAAUCCUUGCAUCAAAUUCUCGAGAAAAUGGCUUCGCAAUAUACAAAAAUGAAAAUUCAAAUUGUGCAAGUAGAAUUUUUGCUAGAAGAAGCAUGCGAAAGUUUAGGUGAGGAAUUUGUAUACAACAUUCCCUUAUACUCGACAUGUACUUUAGAAACUUUUGUUCAUCACUUCGUCGGUAUCUUUAAUAUGUUCACGCGGGAGAUUGACUUGAAAAAUAAGAUCUUUCUUUCAAUACAAAAUGUCAACCACGAGCAAGCGAUGGUAUUGCUGUCAACAUGGUUGAACCAGCCAUACAUCAACAAUGACAGAAUUAGAGAGUUUGAAAGAAUCUGUGAACUCGAACUUGAAUUUGAUGAAAAAAUCACCACCUAA